AUGGCGGGCUCAUUACAUUCGGAUCACGUCAACUACCUGAUCCUGCGCUACCUACAGGAAUUUGGGCACGAAAAUGCAGCAAACGCCUUCCUACGCGACUGGAAUCGGCCGGCUGAAUUUUGCCAACCCGAGACAUUCCCCUUCGCGCGCGCCGUGCCCCGGAAUGAAUUGAUCUCGGUAAUCCAAAAUGGCCUAUACCUCGACGAGCUCCAGGCGCGCGCCCGAAAGAGCAAGCGCCGCUUCCAGUGGACUCACAUUGACGCGCGAAAUAGCGUUGAAAGCCCGAUUGAUGAGAACGAAGAGGGAUCGAGGCCAUCGUCGCCACGGGAACCAAGGCGAGAUCGCCUCACAACAACGAAUCGACGGCCUGGGGAAUUUCCCGUCCCAGCUCCGAAACGGCCACGGAGAAGUGAAGGCAGCGAAGCACAGGUCAAUGGUAGCGACGCGAUGGAUGUGGAUGGCGUGGAUGGCGCGUCUGGUGCCGAUUUCGAAGAGGACGCGGCCGUCAUCUCACCGACGAAUGGAUCGGACACCGAAGCCGCGGGAAUUAUGGAAAGGUAUGACAGCCUCGACGUCGCUACCCAGACCGAGCUCAAGACCGGCCAUAAAACGAGCACGACCUUAUGGAAAUUAGAUCGACCAGGGACCUGCAUCCUUCACAGUCAAUGGAACCCCAGCACCGCCUCGAGGUACUCCCGCACCCUUCUGACAGUGGGAGAGUCGCUCUGCCGCUAUUAUCACAUCCCUGAGAGCAUUGACGAAACGGAAGAGUUCACGCAUAUUGACGAGCCGUCUCGACCAGCCGAUAGCGUGGUCACCGCCAUGACAUGGCGACCUGAUGGUGACGCGGCAGCAUGUGUCCUCGAGCAUGUUCCGGAGCGGUCUAUUGGCGGUCCGACAUCGCAAGUGAUCCUCGAACAUAGUCCCGGCGGUCACAGCAUCUCGUAUCAGCUAGGACCCAGUCUAUUGCAGCCGCCGGGCGUGAUCCUUUGUCUGAAGUACAGCACGAACGGCAAAUAUCUCCUUGCCGUUCACACCAGUCCGAAUAGCGAAAAUCGAGGCAUGGUCCAAGUAUGGGUGACAGCCGACCUCACCUCUGAUUCGCCACAGAUUCCCUACGGCCCGAUUGCAUGGCGCGUCUUCGCUAAUCAGGUGCUGGACGCGACAUGGAUCGACAACGACACGUUCAUCGUAUGUGGCAGUCAACUUUCAGCCGCGUAUCGGGUCAAUGCGGAGCAGAGCAGCGGCUUGGACACUGGCCUCGAUGCUGAUUUCACGAGGGUAGCAUCGAUGCGUGGGUUGACGUCGAUCGAUGAGGACGUGCUGGAAGGUAUUCCCGGGCCAUGGGAUAAAGUAUGCUAUGAUCAACAACUCGAUGUGGCGGCAUUUAUUUCAUCACAACAGAAUGCUCGACUGAUAUUCCGCACGGGGCUCGGAGGACGAAAUGCAUUAUCCACCAACGGCACAACAACAAACACAGAUGUGAAGCGUCACUUACGAGAACAGACCUUGGAGCUUGAUCCCUCUGACCACAUCAUCAAUUUCGCCUUCCAGCCACACUCGGGGUCACGAGAUUUGAGCCAAGACAAUAGUAUCGACGCCGACGCGGAUGCGGAUGCGGAUGCAGACGCAGAUGGAGAUGCGAUGGAGGUCGAGCGGAGUCCGUCUCAAUCUCAGCAUGCUCUACUCGCCGUCGCUCUUGGCAGUGGUGCACUACACAUUUACCGAAUCACCACGGACGCAAACAAAAGCAAUAUUGCACAGGAUACUGCGGGAUCUCUCACAAUCACCGCUUGUGAGCGUGUCUCAACUCCACGAUUGGUCGACGGAAGCCCUGCCUUGACGCUCGCCUGGGCUCCUACAGGUCAGUAUCUUGCUGCCGGCAAUUCCGACCUCAUACAAAUCUGGCAUAGCAAUGCCCUCGCGUCUCCUCGAGGAAUUCGUGGCAGCGAAGCUUUAUUGACAUGGCGAGCGCCUGCCGCAGCCGAUGGUGCGCUGCCGUCAUCGUCACCCUCUACGUCGACAGCGGUGGCGGGACAGAGCAGCGCGCUGGAAUCUGGCAUGAAGGCGUCGCUGCCUGUGAAUGGGGAGCCUAAUGGUGUCUCGGAACACGACCAUGCGAAACUUGAAUCCGAGCCAAGUCUGAGUUGGAGCGCGGAUGGAGAGAGCCUGGCCCUGGCUGCCGACAAACAGGUUAGUUCACAUCUCGUCCAUGACAAAUGCCUACGGUUCUACGAUAUCCAAAGCUUUGUUCAUUUUGACCAUGAUGGUUCGGUCUCUUUGCAACCGCGAGCGUCGUAA